CACUGCUCAAAUGUCCGAUGUCAGCUUGUUUAUUUUAAAGAUUUUUGGAAAUUUAUUAUUUACAACAUUUAAAUGCGUAGUGAAAAACGCGAUCUUGCGAACGAUACAUAUAUUUAAAUGUAUACUAUAAUAGGCAUAGCGGCCUCGGUUUUAAUAGCAAUUCGGUUGAGGAAGCUCAUGGGCACUGAUAGUAUGGUAAAUGAUGCUAUUUCCAGUAAGGAACCGCUAACGAACGGGGGUUCGGGGGUCGAUCGAUACUGGGACUUUAUGAAGAACCAAUACAUUAUUCCCAUGGGACACACGUGCAUUAGUUAUUGCUAUGGGUUGUAUUUGCGGUUUUCCUUCCUCAAUUUGGUAAUAUUCAUGUUCAAAUACGUACCGACCUGUCUUUAUAUGUACAAGUUUCUAAAGAAAAUCUACAUAACGUCGCGGGAGAGGAUAAAACAGAAGCAAAUUGAAAUGGAGGACAUCCAGUUACAGAUUCAAAUAGUUGAUACGAAGAUAUGCGUGCGCGACGCGGAAUUUACGGAACGUGCUGAUUUGUUACGGCGCGGAGCGGAACGUCUGUGCAUGGUGCGGUCGCGCGUGCGUAACCUCAUCGCCGCGGACGACUCAUUGCAGCGGGCUCUCAAUAACGCCGCGCUCAAUUUAGAAAUAGAUGUCACUUCACCAAUGAAUAACACUGCUCCAGAACAAGAUCGAGCAUUUUUAAUAGAGCUAUUGAAGGAUUUGAAGUAUGACCACGACCCCAUAUUGGAAAAGCCGGACAUGGACUGCGGCGAGAAUCCUCAGAGCGUGCCGAUCUCGGACAACAGCGUGUACUCGACCAUCAGCGACGGCGAGCAAGACUGCCACGUAAAGAUCGUGCGCGUCACCAACGUGUACAAGGUGGCGUAUCUCAGGCAUUACAUCAAGCAGAAGAGGUUGCGCCGCGCGAAUAAACAGGCGAUAUUAAAGAAGAAGAUUGAGAACAUAAAGAAACUUCUAGAAGACUGGCAGAAGUCGUUGAACAUGGUGAUCAACAGCAAGCUAAAUGUGCUGAACCGCGCGGAUCCCCGUGCGGAGGACACUUCUCAGGAGGCCAUGGGGGACUACUCCAAGCCGACGCUGCGGGAGUCCUCCAACUCUGACAGCGACUUGAGGAACGGCAACGACAUGUACGAUGACUAUUGGCCGCAAAACCCGUAUCAUAACUAUCCUUAUGAAUAUGAGGACCUCCCGGAUAUGCAAGGACGGGAUUACUGCGAAUUACAUGACGUCAGUGAUUACAGCAAGUAUCAGUCAGACAUAUACCAGCCAUACGAAAGUUCCAAGAUGUCAGAGAAACUUUCGACGUUACUGGAGGAGACAAAAAGCCAGAUUUUGUUUGAGGACAGCAAAUCGAAUUGUGGCGACGACGGUACGUGCCAUGAUCUCAUUCAGCUAUGAAGACAGAAUGGCGCCACGGGCUUUAGCUGUAGUAUAGAACCUAAAUGAACUAUGAUACAUUGGAAGGACGUAAUUUGGGUAAUACUUUAUUUUUAUUCAAGCUUCUCAUAAUCGAAAUAAAAAGGUUACUUCUUUACAUAGUAAUUGAAAAUCUUUCGUUACUAGAAAUACGUUUUAUAGGACGUAUUUUCUCUACAAACUUGGCCGUCGUCAAACACCUACAAGACAAAGAAACUUAUACUAACAAACGUACACUGAGCAAGAGUUGGCAGUUGACUAGCCGUUUUAUGGGACAUAAUUCAUCGACGAACAGUUUUAUGGGACAUAUCAAGUUGGCUGAGGUUUUUACCUAGAAGACAAAAGACUGACCUGCA